GAUAAGAAGGUUGUAUUACUUGGAAGUAGCGAUGUUGGAAAGACAGCCAUCGUCACAAGAUAUGCAGAGGGAAUAUUCCCAACAAGGCCAAUUCCGACAAUUGGUUCAAACUUUCUAUCAAAGAGACUUAAUAUAGAGGGUACAAAUAUGAGGUUCCAAUUAUGGGAUACAGCUGGACAAGAUAGAUUUAGAUCAUUGAUGCCAAUGUAUUAUCGAGGUGCCCAUGUUGCUGUUAUUGUCUACGAUGUUACAUCCAUCAACUCAUUCGAUAAGGUCAAGGAAUGGGUCCAAGAACUACGAUCAAACACUCUUGAAGAUAUAGUAUUGGUAUUAUGUGGCAAUAAGAUAGACCUUGUGGAUGAGAGACGUGUUGAACGAAAGGUUGCCCAAUCGUUUGCCGAUCAGAUCAAUGCAAUGUAUUAUGAAACAUCAGCUCGAAAGAAUAUUGGUAUUGAUCAUAUGUUUAUGGAUGUUGCAACAAAACUAUUGCUACUGCAUCACAACCUAGUCAUUCCAAAAGUAAUCACACCGGAUAACAAACAGUCA